AGCAUAUAAUUAAGACAUAAAGCAAAGUGAAAGGAAAAUAAGUUUAUAGUUUGAUAAGAUCAAGAAGAUCGAAGAAGAAGAAGAAAGAAGAUGCAGUCGGCGAAGGAAAAGAUCAGUGACAUGGCCAGUACGGCCAAGGAGAAGCUCCACAUCGGCGGCGCAAAGGCUCAAGGUCAUGCAGAGAAGACGAUGGCGAGGACCAAAAAAGAGAAGAAGUUGGCCCAAGAGCGAGAGAAGUCUAAGGAGGCGCAGGCCAAGGCUGACCUCCAUCAAUCCAAGGCUGAGCAUGCUGCAGACGCUCAGGUUCACGGCCACCGUCUUCCCGGUCACUCCACCUACCCUACCCGAGCCACCGGAGCUAAUUACCCGCCGGGACAAAUCUAAAACUAGCUCUAUAGCUAUAUUAAGAUUAGCCGUCUUGUUUACCAAUAUAAUAUGUACGUUUUUUUCUAAUAUAAGAUUAGCAGUCUUGAAAUUUUCUUGGUUAGUUUCUUUUGCUAUUUUAUGCAUAAAAAAUAAUGUAAUCUUGCAGAAAUAAACGUAGUUAAAUCA